AUGUUCUUAUCUAAACUCAUUUCUCUUUAUAUACUUUAUGGUAUCCAUUGUGUCUUGGCAAUCUAUCCACAAGGACCAGGUCUAGUACAUUACUGGGGACAGCAUUCGUUUGUUGAAGAUCAAAAAAGACAACAACCUUUGGCUUCUUAUUGUGAUGGGGUUUCAGAAGCAGUGAUUAUAGCUUUCAUCAGUGGAUUCAAUAUGCAAGGGGAUGGUUUACCAUUGUUAAAUUUGGCAGAUAGUUGUGAUGGACCUGUUUUUGAAGGGACAACCUUGUUAAAUUGUCCUAACGUUGGGAAAGAUAUACAACAAUGUCAAGCCAAAGGAAUUAAAGUACUUUUAUCUCUUGGGGGUGCUUCUGGAGUUUAUGGAUUUAGCUCUGAUGCUCAAGGAGAUGCUUUUGCAACUACUUUAUGGAAUGUGUUUGGAGGUGGUAGUAGCCCUACAAGACCAUUUGGAUCAGCUAUUGUCGAUGGUUUUGAUUUAGACAUUGAAGGUGGAUCUUCGACUGGAUAUACUGCUUUGGUUCAUCGACUAAGACAACUGUUUGCCACUGAUAUGUCAAAACCCUACUUCAUUACAGCUGCCCCUCAAUGUCCUUUCCCCGAUGUUAUCCUUGGCCCAGUCAUCAAUUCGAUUGCUUUUGAUGCGCUCCAUAUUCAAUUCUACAACAAUUAUUGCUCAACGACAAGUGGCCACUUCAAUUUUGAUAUUUGGGACCAAUGGGCGACAACCGAAUCUCCCAAUACCAAUAUUUCGUUGUACCUGACUGUCCCUGGUUCCCCAACUGCUGCUACCACUGGUUAUGUUUCUUUGGAUGUUCUCGCUCCUAUUAUUAAGAAAGUCGCUGCAACAUACUCCAACUUUGCCGGUAUUGGGGUUUGGGACGCAUCUCAAUCGUAUGCCAAUAAGCAAACAUUACCUAGUUUUGCUCAUGGUCUCCAACAAAUGAUUCUCCAACUCAAGGCGGAUGGAUCCAUUGGCAACAACAACAACAACAACAACAACAAUAACAACGGACUCACCAGCACUACUGUCUCUAUUAUACCAUCAACUCCUACGGGCAUUUCUGCAAUACCUUCUUCUACAACAUUGGGCAAUGAAGUUACUCCUUCUAUUCCAUCUGAUGACGAGUGCAUAAAGGAAGGUGACAGUUGCGCCUUGGAUGCUCGACCUAUUUGCUCCGAAGCUCAUUAUGGAAUAUGUAAUCAAGGAAAGUACACGUUUUUACCAUGUCCACAAGGCACACAAUGUUUUAUGACAACCGACAACAAUUCUAUCUAUUGUGGCACUGGAUUACCCGGCAACAGAAAACAAUCUCAAUGUACACCUCGAGUACGACAUAACCGUCUUGAACAUGCUAUUGAUUUGGUAAUGUCUCUCAUUGAUCAUGCUACCCACUUGCAUGAUGAGGAUCCAUCUCAUCGAAUCCAUUUCAGGAAUCAUCAUCGUCAACAUCUUCAGCAAAAGCAACAGCUAGCAUACUCGCAACAGGCACUGCAAUCAUCCAAUUUGCCAACACAUCCCAUUGAUGUCAAAGCUGUAUCUACUCAAAUCAGUGUCACGCAGUCCAAUGGUUCCAAUUUUACUGCCACAGUGAAUACUCGACGUCUGGAUAAUCGACCGUUUGGACCUAAAGUAACGAUGAAAUUCAAUGUGGCUCAACAUAUUCAUGUCACUGGUGUGGAAAAUGGUCAAGUUCAGCAAGAUGAUACGAGUGUGUUCUUGACGGUGGCCAAUCCAAAUAGCAAGUCCAUGUCCUUGGUGUUUGAUAUCUUUGGAACUCUUGAUACUGAUAUCUUUGUGGCCCCUGAUCCAAAUUCAUUAGUAUUGUUCUCUUCUUCCUUAAGAUGAUAUCUCCGUCAUAUUUUUUAUUUCUAUCAUUUUAUUUUAUUUAUAGUUUAGAUCGC